AUGCAACCGAAGACAACAAAACAGCAUCCUACCGUAGUCGCAACCGUAGAUCGUCCACCUCUACAAGCGGAAAUGGAACCGCUAACUCUGCGACAACCACUGAGGCAUCUCCCUCCUCAACAUUACACGAAAGGCCUUCGUUCGCAUCCCCCUCAACCGUCUCGACAGCCAUCUGCAACAGGGACUUCUGCCGAAAAGUCAGUGCGGCUUCCGCCGUCAUUGAAGCACCAUCGACCUUAUCUUCACCGCCUGCCAACAACAGGAGAAGUGUCAGAGGAUGGGGAGCCAUCUCUCGUCUACCAUUGUGGAUCUGACGAAGGCCUUCGACACGCUGAAUCACGAAGUACUGUGGAAAAUAAUGCGAAAAUUCGGCUGUCCCGGGCAAUUCACUCAGAUGGAGCGCCAGAUCCACGAUGGCUUGACGGCGCGCGUCACGUACAAAGAAGCCGUUUCAAAGGCAUUCGCGGUGACCGACGGAGUGAAGCAGGGCUGCGUCCUCGCGCCUACCCUCUUCAUUCUUAUUUUGUCGGCAUGCUAAUGAACUCCUGCCGUGAUGGACGCCUCGAGAUCCGCAUCGCCUACGGGAUGGACGGCCAACUCCUAAACCACCGGCGGAUGCACUUCCUGCCGCCUGUAUUCACAACUACCGUCCAGGAACUUCUCUUCGCCGACGACUGUACCCUCAAAGCAAUUUUUGAAGGGGACAUGCAAGAGAGAAUGAAUCUCUUCGCCGCCGCUUGCGACAAAUCUGGCCUCAUCAUCAACACAGAGAAGACGGUGGUUGUGCACCAACCACCACCCAACGUUGCCUACAGUGAGUGA